GAUUCCGGACACAAUUCAGCGAGACCGAUGUAAACAAACGCGCUAACGGACUGUUUUGGUUUCGUUUCUUGCAGUUUUGCGGAAUCAUGGCGGGACUGGAGGUCUUGUAUAACUGCGUGUCGAGCUCUAUAACAGCUCCUCAGGAUGUGCUGGUGUGUUUUGUGCACUGGGAGAUCGUAAAGGGCGGAUUUAAGUGUCUGGGAGCUGGAGACGAGCCUCGAGAUGGAGAGAAGAAGUCAGAGUUACUUCCUGCAGCCUGGAAUGCGAGUAAGGAGCUCUACACACUGAGAUACAGAUCAAAUGAUGACAAGUCCAACCUGCUGCUCAAGGCCAUCACAGUGGAUUCCACCGUCAUCUUCAAUUUAAUGGACUCGGCUACGGACAAAGUAACAGACCUGACUGUUAACGUUUCUGAUUAUGUAGACGAGGCCAGCCUGCACACAUUUGAAAGUGUGUUUAAGAACACAGAAGAUUUGACUAAGAAGCUGAAGUCAUCACUGCUACCUGCAGCGAAAGGAGAGAGUUCUGAGAGGAAAGAGAGGAGAGAGAGAGCUCCAGCUGCAGACACUCGGCCCAGCCCAGACCACGACCCUCUCCGCAUCCCCCACAGAGUCCCCCCCACUGCACAUCCCCCAAACUGGACAGACCCACUGGCUCCAUUCGCUGCAGGAGGAGCAGACCUCGACCCCUUUGGUGGAAGGCCAGGGGGCAUGAUUGUGGAUCCUUUGCGGUCAGGGUUCCCUCGUUCUGGCUUUGACCCCUCAAGCGGCAUACCCGGAGUUCUUCCUCCAGGCGCUGUGCCCCCAGGUGCCCGCUUUGACCCUUUUGGACCGGUCGGGAGACGCAGACCCGGGCCAGACCCGGAUCAUCUGCCCCCACCAGGCUAUGAUGACAUGUUCAUGUAGAAGAUUCUGAGGCACAUCCUAGUUCUCCUGGAGGACUCCCUGUUCUCUUUUCCCGAAUGUUCCCAGUUUCUCUCUGCAGUGAACUGAUAAAGAGCACUUUGAGUGUGAGGUUGGUAGUGAUGCUGCUGCAGAAGUGUUUUGUAUUCCAGACUAACGCAGAGGCCUUCAGAGAAGAUUGAUGACUCCAAUUAAUGGGUGCAGAGGUUUUUGUCGCUGAUUUAUACCUUAAUUUAGGAUUCACUGUUCUGAUCCUGUCGCUAUUGGCUUGUUGUUGAUGGGCCCAAUAAACUACUUUUUUUUGUUAAAUAAAGAAGCAAAUUGGUUUGUUGUUUACUUAAAAA